AUUUAUCGCAAAAAUAUUGUGUCUGAAUGUGAGUUUUCAAGUCACGUUAAUAAUACUAGAGCAACAUUCAAUUGUCUAUGGUUAAUAGGAGCCAUUUUUCUGAAAAAAGUGGUGAUACAUGUCAAAUAUUUCAACUAACUCAACUUUUCAAGGCUAUAGUGUGAUGAUUUCGAUUCCCACAAACGUGAUAACGAUUGCAACAAAUAAUCAGUUUUAGCGGCGCAUUGUUCCCGUUAGUUUCCUGUUGGAUGUGAGAUACUUUGUCCGCGGGCGGCAUUUCACAUUGCUGCCGGAGUCGUCGGUAACAACAAAGACACACGGUUCGCGAUGGGUUAUUACUGCACGGUGCCCCAGUGCACCUCGCUGGCCGGGAAGACCAAGAACGUGAAAUUCCACCGGUUCCCCCGCGAUGAGACUAUGGCAGACAAGUGGAACGUGAUUCUAAAACGCGGGAAGCCCUAUACGAAAUACUCCAAAGUUUGCAGCCUGCACUUCACUCAGAAUGACUACAACGUCACAAACAUGGGGCAAUGGAAGACCUUGAGCAAAGACGCCGUGCCGUCCCAGAACCUGCCCAAGCUGAACCCUGACGGAACCGUCAUGGUGAUCCGCAAGAGCCGCACUCUCAAGUACAAAGAGAGCAGGAAAGAUGAGCCCAUUGACAAGACAGAGAAGUGGUCCCCCAUCGGAAUGAGCCACGUGCCUUCCGCGCCCCUGCCCGAGCCAGCCCUGGAGCCUGAUAGCAGCUUGGCGUACCGCCUGCAGACGCUGCACGCCAUCGCCGCCGGCGUGUCCCCGCUGUCCCCGCCGCCGCCGGCCGCCCCCGCCCCCGCCCCCGCCCCGGCCGCCCCCGCCCCCGCGGCGCCCCCCGCCCCCGCCCCCAAGCCGCGCAAGCAGGACGCCUUCAUGCAGACCGACCCCGUGCAAGACGAGGACGAGGACAACAACCAGCCCAACAACAGCUACAGCGAGGCCUCCGACAACUCCUACCAUUCGCACUCUGAACAGAUAGCCGAGUACCCAGUCCAAUACAAAGAACCAGAAAAACCAUACGAAUCAAAAUCUUACGACCCUAAAUCAUACGACUCAAAAUCGUACGACUCAAAAUCAUAUGACUCAAAAUCAUAUGAGCCCCCAAAAGACUACACAAAACAGACGGAUGACUACAUACCACAGACCGAUGAGGAAUACAACAAGGAGGCCGAGAAAUAUGCACUAGGCCAGAAAUCUCUCAACGGGUAUGAUAAGGAUCAGUACCAGAAAAGUUUGGAUUACCAGAAGAUGGGCCAGCUGUAUAGCUUCAGUGAUAAACAGGAGUUUAGGAGUUACUAUCCUAAUGGAUAUACAGAUAGUGCGGAGAUCCUCCGCAACCAGCAAGCUAACCUCCAAAUACUUCAGCAACAGCACCGGGUGACAGAGAACCAGAAUUUCUUUACCGAGGGCAUCAAGCAAGAAGUUGAUCUCAGCGGAGAAGACAUGUAUGAUCGGAGCAAGGAGAUUUCUGAGAGAGAUGCGGGCAUGUACGAGACGCAGCGGCGCUUGGCGCAGCAACGUUCCUUGGAGCUGAUGCCGCCGCAAGUCAAGCAGGAGCCCGAAGGCUGUGAAAAUGUGAUGCAACCACAGGGGAGCCCCUACGGCUACUCCAACGGACUCAAUGGUGUACAGGGAUACUACGAGCAGCUGUCGCGGCCGGGGCCCGAGAUGCUCAUCGCCAAGCAGAACGCGUUGGCUGCGCACACGCAACUCUGGCAGAACACAAUGAAGAGACCAUUCUUCUAUAGCGAAAGCCCACACUACAACGGCCCGCCCUUACUGCAUAGAUACGAGGACAUACCAAGAAUCCUUCAGUGAGUAACAUUCCAAAGCGGCGGUGAAUAAUAAAUAUAUUAUAAUAUAAAGUUAAUAAUAAUUGUAAAACUGUUCUCUUAAAGACGAUAAUCUCUACGUUUUCUUUUGUAAUAAUAUAUUUUUUAUCGUGUUGAAGAUAUUGUGGCUACAGUCCUUUAUUUGGGAAAUAAUUACAACAAAAAACACCAUUUUAUAUGUUGAAUGCUCAAAUACUACCUAUUUUCCAAAAUAUAUUUCACAAACUUGACAAUUGUCAUCUGAUAAUGAUAAUUUGCCGAAUAGUUUUGCCAAAGUGUCAUUGUCAUUAAACGUUUUGGCAAAUUGACAAAGCGUAAAAUGUGACAAAUGUCAACAACAAUUCGUGUUACACUAAUCUAAUACUGAAUACGUAACAUCGUUAACACUUAUAUUUAUCACAUAGUUUGGGUAUGAUGAUAGCUGUAAUCUCCAUACAAUUUAAAUAUAAAUUGUAUUGAGAUGACAGCUAUCACCGUACAUAAGGUAUGUGAAAAAUACUAUAUAUAACUGACCAAUCAUAAAUCUUAUCCGCUGAGACUCUGUCAUAUUAGUCUGAACGUGCGGUUUUAUAUUAUUUCAAAAAUUAUUGCUAUAAAGGACUGUAGAGCCAAAAGUCACUCUAAGCAAUCUAAUAUAAAAUAAACGUUGAAAAUUGUACAAACUACAAUAAAAAUGAUGGCAUUUUUCGCUUAUGUAUCAGUAUGAAACUACGUACAAUAAUUACGGAUUACGAAUAUUUUUAAAUUUAUAAUUUUUAAUCAUGAACACACUUAUAUGAGUUAUAUGUGACGUUCUCAAGCAAAAGGUGCCACUUUGUCGCUUACCAUAAGGACGAAAUUUUCUCGUAUAUUUAUACGAAUAACCUGUCAGAGAGUCCUUAUGGCAAACGACAAUGUACCUUUUCCUUGAGAACGACACAAUUAUGUUUAGUUUUUGAUGAAGAUAUCUAAAAUAAAGUACUCGAUAUAAAUAUAAGGCUCUAAGGCCUGAUAAUUGUUAAAAAUCAUAUUGUAAAAGUCGAAAAUGUUAUCAUUUUAAAAUAUUUCAUACUGUGACAUAACGCUGCAGUUAUGUUAAGAUACAAAUCGGAAAACUAAUUUUAUAUGAAAGGGAAAGAGUUUUUUUUUAAAUUAACGUAUUGUAAAGUAAGUAAGUAAUCAUUUAUUGCAUACCAUGGUAUAAUACAGGUUGUUACAGGUGAUAAAAGAGUUCACAUGGCACCCCGCAUGCAUGGCAUGGUUGUAAAACUUAUAUUAAAAAAAAAAACUUUGUGAUUUGUUAGAAAACUGGCUCCCAUUUUAUCAACUUGACACUGAAAAUUCGGGCCCGAAUGUAACUUCUGACACUAGAAGUAGCGUUUCAAGUGUCAGAUGACAAUUGUCAGGUUGGCAAAAUAAGGGCCUGUUAUUCUGUAAAAUUGGUGUUACUUGGAAAUAUUUAGUAUUUUCUGAACUCUUAGCAAAGCUGCAGCAAUUUUUUUACCAAAUUGACUCAAUUAUCUCUGUGUGAUAAAUUUCUAUUUGAUUUAAUCAAAUUAUAUUUUUCAUGAAAUCAAAUUAUUCAGAUGCAUGUAUAUUAUUUUGUUUGUUAUGUAAUUUUUUUAUAUUAUGUUUGAUUUAUUUUUAAAAAAUUAAAAUAUAUUUAUGUAACGCGAUAAUAGUUUAGUUAUAAUAUAAUAGUUACCAUUAAGUUGAUGGAUAUGCCAUUAUGUAAAAGUCAUUUAUACUUUACUGAGAUACCGUCAUACAUUUGUAGGUAUGAUUGAAUAGAUUGAGAAAACUAUGGUCUCUUGUCAAUAUGGCAAAAAAAAACUAGUUCGCCAGUCAUGCAACUCAAAUUUUUUUUUUACAGAUUAAACUAAUUUUACGAAUAAAACUGUCGUGAGACAUACUAACAUUAAAUUUAUUUAAUGGUUUAAACUCACGUGUCUUUAGUCACUCGCGCGACAUGUUUCGGAGAGCCUCAACCGGAACUCUCAGCGCGUGCGCAGCAGUACGCGAAGUGCGGCCGUCGUUAACGCUGCUCGCAGUGUUAGUACUUGGGAAAGGAGACCUAGGCUCUCCGAAACAUGUCGCGCGAGUGACGAAUAACACGCGAGUGUAAACCGUAAAAUCAGUUUAAUGUUAGUAUGUCUCACGACAGUUUAAUAUAGAUUUUUUUACAGAUGUCGAUUUUAAUUGCGGCUACCAACUAAUGACAUUGACAAGGGCCCAUGUUGUACAAAUGUCAAUGUUGGAUAUACAAAGACAACAUAACUGACUGAACUGGGCGCGUAGCCAAAAUGCCAAUCGAUUGCGCGUAGCGAACGAAACGCAACUGUCUGUCGCACUAAUAUGGAAGAGUGAUAGCGAGAGACUACCGUACCGUCCGCUCCGAUUGGCAUCUUGGCUAGGCACCAUGGGGACCUAGCCAAGAUGACAAUCGUUACUAGAACACGCCAAUCGAAUCUUAAAUAACUUAUGGAAAUAAUCAUGUGACUUCGUGGUACAUUUUUACUUUUCGUUUGGCAUUUAUCGAUAUACGAUUGUCAAUUUGGGUGGGCUCCCUGGACCAUGAUAGAUGUGGUUAUCGACGUGACAAGCAUAAGUGACGUACGCUUUCGUCCAAGUUUACUGACUUCUCUACGUGAUAAUUACAGUGUUCGUCUCUCUCAGUCGUGAGAUGUUAAAAAAUCACGUUCGCUCUAUCGUGAUGUAAUUUUUUAGGAUACUUCCGCAGGUAUGAUUCACGGAGAUUGACUAUGCAAUUGUCAUUUUCGCAAAAGUUAUUGUCAUCUUUGCAAAUUGUAAUGACUGUUGACAACUGGCGAAUUGUCAGUUGUGUUGUAUUUGUAAUACAGUCAGCAUAGAUUAGGAUAUGAGACUACGUACCAAAAAUAUCUACCAUUCUCUCAGUUACAAGACAUAUGUGACUAUAACUAUACGGAUAACACUAGCGUUGUUAACAUAUGUUGAAUUUUUUUAAUAAAUCUAGUUAAACAGAAAAUGAACAAUUUAUCACAAUAAAUUGGAAACAUAAAAAAUAUAUGGGAAUAAUAAUAAAAAAAGGUUUAAAUUAAGUUUUUUUAAACGUCCGAAAAGGAAAAUAAAUAAUCAUUCGAUUCCUUACAUUUUAUAAAAAAAAAAACAAUAUUGUUACAAUAAUAUACAUAAACGCAAUAUUUCACCGACAAAAUCGCAAUUUCCUUCUUUAUUACCAUUCAUCGAAACGGCCUUUCUUGUUCUUCUUAGCGUGAUGAUGUAUUGCCAUUUUAUUAUUUAUUGCCAGACUGACUAUCAUUUGUGACUUUUAUAUUGCUUUAACGCCCGGUUUGACGACCGGUUUGGCCUAGUGGGUAGUGACCCUGCCUACGAAACUGAUGGUCCCGGGUUCAAAUCCUGGUAAGGGCAUUUAUUCGUGUGAUGAGCAUGGAUAUUUGUUCCUGAGUCGUGGGUGUUUUCUAUGUAUUUAAGUAUUUAUAAAUAUUUAUAUAUUAUAUAUAUCGUUGUCUAAGUACCCUCAACACAAGCCUUAUUGAGCUUACUAUGGGACUUAGUCAAUUUGUGUAAUAAUGUCCUAUAAUAUUUAUUUAUUUAUUUAUUUAUUUAAUGGGUCCCAUACAGACAUUUGAUCCUCAAAAUAAACCUAAUCGAUUGAUAACAUUAAUAAAAAAAAUACCCUUAGUAUAAAAUAUACUUUUGAACACGCACUUUAAAUAUAAAUAAAAUAAUUAAUAACAGUACCCUUACACAUUAUACAGUCGCUAUCAGAUAUAUCGGAGCGGCCGAGGCUCUCAAAAAUAUCUGAACGCGCACUCUUGCUCCGUGACAAUAGAGGCCUGUUCAGAUAUUUAUGAGCACUUAAGCCGCUCUGAUAUAUCUGAUGGCGACUGUACAGUCAGCGUCAAAUACUUUGUAGCAACCAAAUUAGCCAAAUAGUUCGAUACACCAUAUAUUUAGUAUCGUGGAAACAGGUACAUAUAAUUUGAAUGACUAUAAGAGGGUGGAAGAUAUUUUUGUCAUGUUGUAUUAGCUACUAUAGCUGACUGUACAUUUGUGGAGUGCCAAUCAUAUUCAGUGACUCGUUUAGAAAGGGAAUAUGGAGUGAUAUUGAUCGAAUUUACACGCGGAAACGGUAUCGUAGAUGUAAGGUUAUAUAACGUCACAACACUUUUUUGGUAAUUAAUAUACCGUAAAUCGACUAUAGACCAAAAUUAAUGCAUAGCUGGGAGCAAAAAGUUGUUAUAACGCAUUCACUGUCAGGGGGCGUGGCCUAGGAACAAACUUGUAUGACGUUGAACGCAUAUAUGCGUCGGUGGCAGUGAAUGCGUUAAAUCAAAUCGAAGAAACAUCCGUUCAAAGUGACCACGCGUACAUACGUAAGGUUCGUGUCAUCCACGAUGACGCGCGGAUUUGUCAAAUCUAAACUUUAAUAUCAUGACAAUACGACUCAAGGCAAGCGUCGUGAAUGACACGAUCUAUUUUAAAAAAAAUUACACCACACUUUUUAAUUUGGAAAUGAUUAUGUUUUUACGAGCUCUUUCGAAUCUUAAUUUCCAUUCUGUUACCAUUUUUCAUUGACUUUGUAUGGCGGUAACGAAAUGGAAUAAAAUAUGUAUGAACAUUUUGGAACACUUUUUUUUUUAUUAGGAUCGCAAGAGUUCGUGAUUCUAAGUAGAAAUAGCAUAACGAUUUCCAAAUCUGAAAAAAAAGUAGUGUACAAUUUUAUGUAAAAAUUUCUACAUACGUCUGUAAUCUAUAGGCUACGGUGUCCGAUUACUAUUAAACUCGUAGAUUUGUUUGCCAUUUUCGUCGCUUAAAUGAAUAACCCUCUUAUUCAUAAACGUCUACUAAAGUUGACAAGCCGCUAAAAAUCGUUUGUCCCUUUCCAUCAUACCAAUACAUCGGAAAGGGACAAACGAUAAUUAGCGGCUUGUCAACUUUAGUAGACGUUUAUGAAUAAGGGGGUAUAAAUUUACUUUACUAACAAUUUGCGGUCUAUAGUCGAAAGGGAAUAAUACCUUAUUUCAAAAAAUCUUGCCAAAGUUUGUCAAAAAAAAAUACACGCAUAAUUUAGCGUGUUUGUCGUAAUCGCGCUAGCUUAAAUAGGUUUGAAAUAAAAAUAAAAAAAUUAAGAUUGUACUAGCCUACCGUUAUAUUAUUAGAGCUACUAAAGUUUACUACAGUGAAUAUUUACAUCAUAUAAUUUAGUAGGCCUAGCACAGGACUGAUCGCCCGUCCCUUUCUAAUUAACGCAGUUAGAAAGAGACGGGUAGAAACACUCAUGUGACACCCUUAAUAUAGCAACAUUCAUAGACUAUGAAGACCGCUUAGCGUUGCUUGCUAGUCUUCGUAGGCUACUGUGGUCAAAAUCGAGAAAAAAAAAACUGUCCAAAAAUCUAAUUUACCAAGGAGCAAGUACAGUCAGCGUCAAAUACUUUGUAGCAGUCAAAAUGGCCAAAUAGUUCGGUACACCAUACUAAAUAUAUGGUGUACCGAACUAUUUGGCUACUUUGGUUGCUACAAAGUAUUUGACGCUGACUGUACCAGGGCCUCAUAUGAGUUACGAGAAGGUGUAGUUGUCCAGCCAGCCAGGUAGCUGUCGCGCGACUCCGUGCUAGGCGUACAGGUAGAGGCCCCAAAGGGCAUAAACACGAAUAACACUAUAGAAAUAUUCGCCAAAGUGCGAUUGGCCUUGGUAGCUGAGUAGCUAUAGCGGUGGGGUGGUGUCUCAUAGUCGCGAAGUUCGAAUUUCUUUCAAAAAAUAGAAAAUUAUGAAGUUUAUAUUUCAGACCUAUCUUCUUAGUGUGACAUUCGACUUUAUAUAUUUUUGUUUGGUGCUCGUAAUAUUAGUUUUCCUUCCGAAUUUUCUGCAUUUUUCAUAGUUGUUAAUGAUGGAGUACAAUGUUUCUGGAAUAUUGUCGCGCACAGUAGGAAGAUCGCUAGAGUAUGUAGCAACGUUUAAGAUAACAUAUUGGGGGUCGAAAGUGACACGGGUUCGAAUUUAACCCCUGGGGAGUGCUCCCCAAAUUUUAUCCAAUUGUAAUUGUUAUUUUUUUAGUUUAGGUAUCGAAAAGGACCCUAAACAAUUUUACCUAAUUUUGCUAUUUUUGGGUGAAAUUUGGGGUUUUUGCUACCCCAUUUUAUUUACCAUAUUAUUAGUAGGUUAAGGAAGGUGGGUAGAUAUUUUUGAAUAAUGCAAGAGCGUGCAUUUGAAGACCGGAGUCUUGUAUCUAUUAUAAAUAAAUCGAAAAGAUAUUUAUAUUGAGAAAUAUAUAUUUUGAAUUUUAUAUAAGCGGGAUGGACCGGGAUUUUUUGUGUCGUGCAAUUUGUUUUCUUAUGUUUGCAAAAGAAAAACAAAUGAAAAUGCAUGUGACACUUUUUGAAGCGCCCUUAGCAUUGACCAUCGGGCGAUCUGUAUGCUUUUUUUCGCAACCUAGUGUUUUAAAUAAAAUCUGUACUUUAUAAAUAAAAUUAUUUCGAACAUUGAUUCUAAAUAUAUUUUCGCAAUAAAAAAGUGAAAUGUUUAUGAAUACUUUAAUAUUGUUAAUGUAAAUAAAACGUGAGAAAACAAUUUGCACAUGCCAGUGGAUCUUUUAAGGUUACCCUAUAGAGAUUAUAGAUCAAAUGGAAACUUUCGCAUGCCAAUAAGGAUCUUUUGUCAUAAAAAUAUAAUCAAAAAUGGCCCUUAUUGACAACCUAUUGGACUUUUGUCUGAAAACUUGACAUGUUUGCCUCAAUAUGUAAUAGAGAAACAUUUAAAACGAUUAGGAUUCAAAAUUAAAUGUUUUAAUAACAAUACUAAACCGUUGAAUAAGUGUAUAUUACUGUAAAAAAUACAAUUGUUAUUUUUUAAGAUCUUUGGGAGUUGAAAAGACACCCAAAGUCCUAUUGGGGAUCGAAAAAGACCCUAAACAAUUUUAGCAAAUUAUGGAUUUGGAUAUUAUUUUGAAUUUUAUCUCUUAGACAUACUAUUAAUAAUUAAGUACUAUAAAUUUAUGGGUUAGCCUUAAAACUACAGGCGUUGUGCGCUCUUUAUUGACCAAAGCUGUGAAAUUCGAUGCAAAGAUCGUUAAUUAUAAAUAAUAUUAUGAAUACACACAUUUUAUUUACAAUCAAUACGCAAAUUAUACUUUAAAAGUAGUGUUGUUAUAAUAUUGAGCUGGUUAAUAAUAGCGUACUUUUUUUCUUGUCUACGACUAAUUUUUUAUCUUUUUUUUCUUGUCAUAAGUCGAGAACAUUAUAUAUUAAAUAAAAUGUGUGUAUGGGUCUCGGUUCAUAUACUAAUCGGUUCACUCUGACAUAUAUUGCAUAGUUACUUAACCUAAAAAUACAUUUGUCAUAUUUUUUCAUAUUACCUAUUCACGCUUGGCUGUGAUUUUAGAAGUUAUUAGUAUUUUUAUGUUUUUUUUUUUCAAUCAUGUAGCAACACUAUACCAAUGAGUAAGAAAAAAAAUUGACAACCGGGAUAAAUGGCGCUGCGACAGAUUUUGUGGUCACUGGAUUGUCAAAUGCUAACUUUUGACAUUCUGUUUCAGCAUAAU